GCCGCAGCCUUGCAGCCCCAUUUCAUCCUCGCCCAUCCGCUAUUUGACCCAUUGGCACACUGGUGCCUUUUCCGAGUCCAAGACUUCUCAGAAGCAACUUUUCGGGUGGCAACGCUUUCGCAAUAAGACGCAAUGUCCGAUUCGGAGGAUCCCCUCGAUGCCAUUGACGAGGGCGGCGAUGACCUUUUUGGAGAUGAGGGUGACGAAGGAGAUGCCUCGCCCCAGGCGCGCAUUCUAGACGACGAUGACCUCGCCUCAGACCCCGAAGCUUACGGCGAGGCUGAGCCACGAGACUACGAUGGGAGCCAGUCGCGACAUGAAACAAAAGAUAGGAUCGUUAUGGCCGUUCAAGCCUAUCGCCAUCGUGUCCCUAAACCAUCUGAUGACGCGCUUCGGAUAUUGCGCGUCCCGAAAUUCGUCAAAUUCCUGCCCGAGCCGUACGAAGAAGAAUCAUUCCGGCCAUCUGAAUUCGACCUUGAGAACGCCAAGGCAGAGCACCCAAAACACGUCGUGCGAGUUCGCAGAGAUGCCACCACCAACGAAUUGAAGAGCAAUACGAAUAUCUACCGGUGGAGUGAUGGCUCUGUUACGAUUUCCAUUGGUGGCGAGCAAUAUGAAAUCCAGAAGAAAGCGCUGGCUCCAGGCAAAGGACAGCCUUACGAUGAACUAAAAGACGGCCACUACUACGCUGCGGCUGCUGAAUUGAGCAGCAAUCUGCUCAUGACGGUGGGCCACUUGACAGAACAAUAUACUGUCAGACCAAACAAGGCUGUUGGUGACAAUGCCCUGUCCGUCUUGGCAGAGAGAAUGGCUUUGGCUAGCAAGUCGUCUGCAAGCAGUGGCAUGAUUAUCAAAACGACCGUGGACCCUGAGUUACAAAAGAAGCAAGCCGAGUUGGCAGAGAAGGAGCGGAUGAAGGCUCAGCGAAAGCGCGAGAAUGCCGUAGCCAAAAUAGACGGUGGGCUGGGGCGAUCCGGUCGCGGCGGCCUGUCGAUUGGCGGCCUGGAGGGCGCUCGUUCUGGUGCAGCCCGGAAGAGAGGGGCUCCUGGCUCUGCGCGACCCAAGAGACGGCGUCCAGAAUAUGAUUCUGACGAUGACCUCCCUCAGGGAGUCUCGCGACAUGAAGACUACGACUUGGACGAUGGCUUUUUGGUGGGUAGCGAUGAGGAGAUUGAGAGUGGCGCUGAUGAAGACGAAGAGGAGGACAUCCUGGACGAUGACGACGAAGAUGAAGCACCCCGAUCUAAAAGACAACGAACCAAAGAACCCGAAGACGAUGAGGAUGCGGAAGGAGACGAGGUGGAACCGAUGGAGACGUCUGGCAGGUCGGGCAGGCGGCGAAACGUUAUUGACGAUGACGAUGACUGAGGCGUAUAAUAAGGAGACUCGCAGUCAGGAAGAUGGAAUGACUGCGUGUUGGCAAGGGCCUAUUGGACCCUUUUUCAUAUCUAACUUGGUUUGCUUGGUAAUUGAUCUGCGACAAAAAUAAUACAGAUAGGGGUUGCGGCUACAUUCACUCUUUUUCGCACAUUUGGUGUUACAUAGCCGUAUGCAUUCAAUUGUCAUUG